AUGCAGACACUCACCAAACUAAACCUCCGCGGCGCCAGAAUCGAUGCUGAAGCAGCACAACACAUUGCGGAUGCGUUGUGCACGAACACGACACUCACCACACUAAAUCUUGGCGAUAACGAAAUCGCUGAUGAAGGGGCGCAACACAUUGCGGAUGCGUUGCGAACGAACACGACACUCACCACACUAAACCUUGAUUGGAACAAAAUCGGUGCUGAAGGAGUACAACACAUUGCGCAUGCGUUGCGAACAAACAACACACUCACCACACUAAUCCUUAAUUGGAACACGAUCGAUGGUAAAGGAGCACAACACAUUGCGGAUGCGUUGUGCACGAAUACGACACUCACCACACUAAAUCUUGGCGGUAACAAAAUCGGUGCCGAAGGAGCACAAUACAUUACGGAUGCGUUGCGAACGAAUACGACACUCACCACACUAAACCUUAAUUGGAACAGGAUCGGUGUUGAAGGAGCACAACACAUUGCGGAUGCGUUGCGAACGAAUACGACACUCACCACACUAAACCUUAAUUGGAACACGAUCGGUGCUGCAGGAGCACAGCAAAUUGCGGAUGCGUUGCGAACGAAUACGACACUCACCACACUAAACCUCGAAUAUAACAGUAUCGGUGACGAAGGAGCACAACACAUCGGGGAUGCGUUGCAAACAAACACGACACUCAUCACACUAGAUCUUGGGGAUAACCAAAUCGGUCCUGAAGGAGCGCAACACAUUGCGGAUGCGUUGCGAACGAAUACGACACUCACCACACUAGAUCUCGGCGACAACGAAAUCGAUGCUGAAAGAGAACAACACAUUGCGGACGCGUUGCGUAGGAAUGCAGGAAAGACUGGUUCUUUGCUGGAACAAAAUUAG